UAAAUCCAUGCCUCACAUCAAGACUGAUGUAUGCCAACUGCACAUACAACACUGAUACCAACACACAUGCACGCAUUGCUCCUCCCCUUUUACUGUCCCCACACUUUUUGUCUGUUUCGUGCAAACUCACUGCUUCAUUGUGACACAAACCAAAAUGGCUUCAAAUCUGGAUGCUCCGACCACCAGCAGCCCCUCCAUGAGCUGCCAAGCAUUCAUCUCCCUUCCCAGAGCAGAGGCAGAAGGCCUCGCCUCGCCUCCCUGGUCAGUUGACUCUCCAGAGCGGUGUGAGGAACAUGAAGAGAGCCUGUCUAUGUUCUGUUUGGAUGACCUGGAGCCUUUAUGUAAACAAUGUGCAGCUGUGAGCCAUGCAGGACACAGGGUUUACCUCCUGACUGAGGCUGCUACUGACUGCAAGGAGGAGCUCAGAACAUCACUGAAUGGACUAAAGAAGAAAAUGAAUCACUUUGAGAAAGUCACAGAGACCUGUGAGCAGGCAUCCAGACAUAACCAGGCUGAGGCCAAACUCACAGAGGAGCACAUGAAAAAGGAAUUUGAGAGUCUUCACCAGUUUUUGAGACAGGAGGAAGCAAUCAGGCUGCUUGCACUCAGGGAGAAACAGGAGGAGAAGAAGAGAGAGGCAGAAGAUUGGAUGGACAGAAUGAAUCAGGUGAUAAAAUCUCUGGAGGAGAAGAUCCAGCUGGUUGAAGAGGAGCUGGACGCAGGAGGGGAUGGGGCUGAAUUUUUAGAGCACUACCAAGACACAAUGAAUAGCACAUGGACAGGUAGCAGGGAGCCACAGGAGGUUUGCAGACCUCUAAUAGAUGUGGCCAAACACCUGGGUAACCUCCAGUAUACUGUGUGGGAGAAGAUGAAACACAUCGCCCCGUACACUCCAGUGACCCUGGACCCCAGGACAGCAGGACAGUCUCUGAGGGUGUCUCCUGGGUUAAACAGUGUCCAUGUCACCCAUGGACCCUCACAGGGGCUGGGACAGAGUCUGGAUGCUGCUGUCCCUGUCCCAGCUAACCCUGAACGUUUCCACCCGUAUUCUUGCAUCCUGGCAAGAGAGGGCUUUGAUUCAGGAGUGCACUGUUGGGAUAUUGAGGUUGGUGACACCAAUAACUGGACAGUCGGCGUGGCUGCUCAGUCAUUGUCCAGGAGGGCACAGUUUGAGGCCUGUCCAGAGGCAGGACUCUGGUGUAUCAGCCUGCGAGACGGGAAGUACCAAGCUCUGACCACUCCCUCUCAAGACCUAAAUCUCGACAACUCACAGCACCUUAGCAGACUCCGUGUGAAGCUGGACUGGGAUGAAGGGACGCUGGAAUUCAUGAACACUGAUACUGCCACGCAUCUUUUCACGUUUAGACAUUGCUUCACUGAAAAGAUAUACCCAUACUUUGAGAGCAUAUCGCUGUGUGGAGGCCUUGCUGUGUUGGCACAGACAGUGAACAUCAGCAUGGGGUCAGAUUAUGUCCCUGUGGAAGACACUGCUAUCACUGAGGAGGAUCGGGUGAUGAACAGUGAAUCUUGCACUGAGGGAGACAUUAAUACUGCAUCGAAUAACAGCAACAGCAAGAUGUCAGCGUGCGGACAUCUGACUGAAGACAAAAACUCAGCAAUUUGUUUGAUGAGAGAGAAGAAGAACACCAAACCUCGGAGAUGCACCACAAAGGAACAGCUCAUUAAAACAAAACCGGCUGGAAAGGAAAAGACAAAAGACAAAAAACUGAGCAGCAAGCCCACGUUCAGUGUGACCUACCAUGUUUCACUGAACAGAGCCCACAAUAUAUCCGGCAAUCACAAACAAAUCCAGAUGACUCAUGUUAAUCAUCUGGUUUAUUAUCCUUGUGAUGGAAAUAAAUAACAAGAGUGUGUAGCCAUAAUAAAUUGUAACACCAUGUUUUACAUUCAUACAAGUGUUGUUCUUAGUUUUUAGUAGGGAUGGCAGUGUCGGCCAACAACUAUUGGAUGGAUUGCCAUUAAUUUUUCUUACACACAUCCAUGUUCCCCAGAGGAUGACUCCUGAUGACUCUGGUGACCCCCUGACUUGU